AUGAGCUCCCUCCUUGGCAUGAGCCGCUCCCUUGCCGCCUUCGAGCAGGGGCUGCGCAGCCUGGGGCAGCCCCCCAGACGCAUGACAUCUAGGGCGUGUGCGCCCCGUCCACCGCGAGAGGUGCCCCUCUGUCCGCUGAUGCCACGUGGUGAGACGCAGAACGCGGACACCCUGCCGGGUCCCACCAACUGGCCACUGCUGGGCAGUCUGCUGGAGAUUCUUUGGAAAGGGGGCCUGAAGAAACAGCAUGACACUCUGGUAGAGUACCACAAGAAGUAUGGCAAAAUUUUUCGAAUGAAGCUGGGUUCCUUCGACUCAGUGCAUCUGGGCUCCCCAUGCCUCUUGGAAGCGCUGUACCGCACCGAGAGCGCGUAUCCCCAGCGGCUGGAGAUCAAGCCAUGGAAGGCCUAUCGCGACUACCGCAAGGAGGGCUACGGACUGCUGAUCUUGGAAGGAGAAGACUGGCAGAGGGUGCGGAGUGCCUUUCAAAAGAAACUAAUGAAACCAGUGGAAAUUAUGAAGCUGGACAACAAAAUCAAUGAGGUGCUGGCUGAUUUUAUGGGAAGGAUAGAUGAGCUCUGUGAUGAAAGAGGCCGCAUGGAAGACCUGUACCGCGAGCUCAACAAGUGGUCCUUUGAAAGUAUCUGCCUCGUGUUAUAUGAGAAGAGAUUUGGGCUCCUUCAGAAGAAUGCCGGGGAAGAUGCUCUGAACUUCAUCGCGGCCAUCAAAACAAUGAUGAGCACGUUUGGGAGGAUGAUGGUCACGCCAGUCGAGCUGCACAGGAGCCUCAACACCAAGGUCUGGCAGGCCCACACGCUGGCCUGGGACACCAUCUUCAAAUCAGUCAAGUCCUGUGUCAACAGCCGGCUGGAGAAAUACUCUCAACAGCCUGGUGCUGAUUUCCUCUGUGAUAUUUACCAGCACAGUCAGCUUUCUAGGAAGGAACUCUACGCGGCUGUCACAGAGCUCCAGCUGGCUGCUGUAGAAACGACAGCAAACAGCUUGAUGUGGAUUCUCUACAAUUUAUCCCGUAAUCCCCAAGUGCAACAAAAACUUCUUAAGGAAAUUCAAAGUGUGUUGCCUGAGAAUCAAACACCACGGGCUGGAGAUCUGCAGAAUAUGCCAUAUUUAAAGGCCUGUCUGAAAGAAUCUAUGAGGCUUACCCCAAGUGUACCAUUUACAACUCGGACUCUUGACAAGGCAACAGUCCUGGGUGACUAUGUUUUACCCAAAGGAACAGUGCUGAUGCUGAAUACCCAGGUGCUGGGGUCCAAUGAAGACAAUUUUGAGGAUUCAAGUCAGUUUAGACCUGAACGUUGGCUUCAGGAGAAGAAAAAGAUUAAUCCUUUUGCACAUCUUCCAUUUGGCCUUGGGAAAAGGAUGUGCAUUGGCCGCCGUUUGGCUGAGCUCCAACUCCACUUAGCUGUCUGCUGGAUCGUCCGCAAAUAUGACAUCGUGGCCACAGACAAGGAGCCUGUUGAGAUGCUGCACCUGGGUAUCCUGGUGCCCAGCCGGCAGCUCCCCAUUGCAUUCUGCCAGCGAUAAGAACUCAG